UUUCUGCCUCUCAGCCGCCGUCCGGAGUGACGUGUUUCCAGAGCGACAGUGACGGCGAGAGCGAGAGGAGAUGGGUCAGAGCCAAAGUGGAGGUCAUGGGGCUGGAGGUGGAAAGAAAGAUGAUAAGGAUAAGAAGAAGAAGUACGAGCCACCUGUGCCGACAAGGGUAGGGAAGAAGAAGAAGAAAACCAAAGGACCAGAUGCUGCCAGCAAGUUGCCUCUGGUGACUCCUCACACACAAUGCCGUCUGAAAUUGCUGAAAUUGGAACGGAUAAAAGAUUAUCUUCUUAUGGAAGAAGAAUUCAUCAGAAAUCAGGAACAAAUGAAACCACUUGAAGAGAAGCAAGAGGAGGAAAGGUCAAAGGUGGAUGACCUGAGAGGGACACCCAUGUCUGUGGGUACUCUGGAGGAAAUCAUUGACGACAACCACGCCAUCGUAUCGACGUCAGUUGGCUCGGAGCAUUAUGUCAGCAUCUUGUCAUUUGUGGAUAAAGAUCUGCUUGAGCCGGGCUGCUCCGUCCUACUCAACCACAAGGUCCAUGCAGUGAUCGGGGUGCUGACUGACGAUACAGAUCCACUGGUGACCGUCAUGAAAGUCGAGAAGGCUCCACAGGAAACGUACGCUGACAUUGGUGGGCUGGAUAAUCAGAUCCAGGAAAUCAAGGAAUCUGUGGAACUUCCGCUCACCCAUCCCGAGUAUUAUGAAGAAAUGGGAAUUAAGCCUCCUAAAGGAGUUAUUCUUUAUGGUGCACCUGGCACAGGUAAGACUCUGUUGGCUAAGGCCGUAGCAAAUCAGACCUCGGCGACGUUUCUGCGGGUGGUGGGCUCGGAGCUCAUCCAGAAGUACCUGGGGGAUGGGCCGAAGCUGGUGCGCGAGCUGUUCCGGGUCGCUGAAGAGCACGCACCCUCCAUUGUGUUCAUUGAUGAGAUUGAUGCCAUCGGCACUAAGAGAUAUGAUUCCAACUCGGGUGGUGAGCGGGAAAUCCAGAGAACCAUGUUGGAGCUGCUAAACCAGCUGGAUGGGUUCGACUCUCGGGGGGACGUGAAAGUAAUCAUGGCCACAAACAGAAUAGAAACCCUGGACCCAGCUCUCAUCAGGCCAGGAAGGAUUGAUCGUAAAAUUGAAUUCCCUCUUCCUGACGAAAAGACAAAGCGCCGAAUCUUCCAGAUCCACACGAGUAGGAUGACAGUGGCACAAGAUGUGAGUCUGGAUGAGCUGAUCCUGGCCAAAGAUGAUCUGUCUGGGGCAGAUAUUAAGGCAAUCUGUACAGAAGCUGGUCUGAUGGCCCUACGUGAGCGAAGGAUGAAAGUAACCAAUGAAGACUUCAAAAAGUCAAAGGAGAACGUCUUGUACAAGAAACAGGAGGGCACACCUGAAGGACUUUACCUUUAACCUAACGAUUCCUUGCAUAAACCUUUCUACUUUGCUUCGCUGAAGGCUUUUAAGCUACAGGAGUUUGGGGACAGAGCUCGACUCUUGAGGGUUGUUUGCAUAACUUUCUCCACCUUCCUGAAGUCCUGUAAGUCAUAUCUUAAUA